UCUUGUUUAAUGUGCGUUCAAGCACAUACUGUACAUUGCACCCACUAUUUGUCCUUUCAUGUGUUUUUGGUUUUCCUCUUUUUAAUCAAUGUUCUGUUUUUUAAUGACAUCGUCAGCUGCCUAGAGCCUUUUGGUAACAUCAGUUUCUAUAAUGUAUUGCAAAAAUUUUAUUUAGGAAAAACUCCAAGUAUCUUCUAGUGCCAAUGGUGAAGAAGAUUCUUUUGUCUGCGAACCAAGUUGUCUCAUCCAGCCAAAUGUUCAGGUUGAAGAAAUUGAACAUCCUGGAGUGAGGUUUAAGGGAGACAACUCAGGUGAAACUCCCCUGAAUAAAAUACCGCCUUCCUCUUCAGAUGCAGUCCUCCACAGAAAACAGGAACAGAUGGUUCUCCCCAGAGAGAAGUUCCAGAAAUUAAAAGAACAACAUUGGCAUCUAAACAAUGCAAACCAGACCUUAUUUUCCGAACUUGAACAGUCAAAGCAGUUAAUCAAGGAACUCCAAUUAAAAAUUAUGAAAUUGGAAAAAGAGAACAGGCAGUUUAAGGAAAAGCAGAAUUCACACAGUGAAGAGGAAGGCGCAGAAUUGCUGUUAUUAAGACAACAAGCCCAGGAACUAGUAGAUGAAAAUGAUAGUUUGAAAAUGACUGUUCAUCGCUUAAAUGCAGAACUAAGUCGUUAUCAAACAAAGUACAGACCAAUUUCCCCCAAUGAGAGUGUGAAGAUUGGAAGUCUGCCAAUGAAAAAACCAAUACCCCCAUGGCUGCUUGACAUGAAAUAUUUAUCUCCUCUUCUGUUGGCCUAUGAAGACAGAAUGAAAGAAAAGGAAGAGUUGAUUCUAGAGCAUGAGGAAAGCAUGAAGAUGUUUAAAGUACAAGUGGAAGAAGUAGUGAAGGAAAACGAGCAGUUACACCAAAAAUUAACUAAAAAUAUUGGUACUUUUAUUAAUACCAAAGAAUGGCAGCAUUUGCAAAGUCAAGCCAAGCUUGUCCUGGAAGAAAAUAGAGUAUUAAUGGAGCAGCUUAAAAUACAAGAAACCAAAAUAAACGACACCAUCAACCAACAUGUUAAAGAAGUUUCCAAACUGACCAAACAGCUCAUUACUCUGGAAACCGAAAAACAAAACCAAGAAGUGGAAUUGAAAGAUUGUCAGAAAAAGCUGGAAGAAUUACGCUCUGCAUACAAAGAAUUAAAGGCCAGCGUUACUGAUUACGUAAGAGCAGAGGAGCACAUUGCCUUGGAAAAUAAAUUUAAAAACCAAUUGCAGAGAGAACAGGAAAAGAGAGAGAUGGAGACCCAGGAACUAGUGAAAAAACUCGCCUCUGUCCAAGCGGAAACGAAGAGCCUGUUCCUUGAGAAAAAUGACCUGGUGGCAGAAAACAAGGCUCUAGAAGCUGAGCUGGAAAUGGCCCAGAAGACUAAAAGGCGGUCGCAGAAGAAGAUCGGUCUUUUGAAGCAGCACUUGGAAGAAACAAUGGAAAAGGAGAUGGCUGCCCACCAAUAUCUAGUGAAUAUGAUCAGCUUGGCAGAAAAUAUAACUCAA